AUAACACGAGUGUUCUGUUUUAUACACCUCGUACCCGAUGCUUACAAGUUACCACGCAUGUAACUUAUUUAACCUCGCAUGGCGGGGCAACAGAAUCCAUUGGUUUAUGAAUGGAAUUUUGUUUUUGAUUAAAAUUACUACAAUUAGAGCCUGUAUGUUUGCUAAUUUCCAUUUUUAGUUAAUUUUAAUUCCUUUUGUUGUCAUUUUAUAAGUUUGAGUGUGUGUCCUUUACACACCACUGAUAUAUAAACUUUGUUGGCUACCACUUGCGUUGUGUUUUGUAAGCUGAAAUAUUUCAGAGGAAUUUAAGCAUAACGUUUUCGCUACAGUGGAGUUGAGGCAUAUCAAACUAUAAGUGUAUGUUAACUGUAGCUACAGUAGGGUUGUGGUAUUAUAAACUUUGUUAGCAAUUUCUAGCGUUGCGUUUCGUAUACUGAACUAUUUCUUUAACACAUGAAUUCAACUUUAAGCACAGUUGCCUUAAAGUUUUAUAAACUCUGUAUUUUUGUUAGCUGCGGUUGCAUUGUUACAUUAUAGACUUUGUUAACAGUUGAUGUCUAAGAGUUGCUUCUCUGUAUGAAAGUUUUAAAAUGAAAUCAACGGAACAUGACUUUAUACAAGAUGAGGUUGGUGAGGAGGUUUAGAUUCUUGCUCAAAAGUUGAACGAUUUGUGUGAUUCUGGUGGGAAAGAAAUGAUAGGAACUGAACCUGAAGCAGCUGUGGUACUCUAUGAGUUGGCCAAGAUUUAUGAAAAUAAACCUGACUAUAAAAUGUUGAACAUGACUCGUAGUGCAGCUCUGUAUAACGCUGCUAUUGUGAGGGAUCCAAAGAAUCAAAUAUUUAGAGAUGAACUUAAAGCUUUAUGCUCAGCAGUUCUGGUGGAAGCAGAUGCGGCAAAGCUUGACGCUGAUUUGAUUUCUUUGGCAUCUGAGGUGAAAGAAGAACUAGAUAACCUUCGAGAAGACUUUGGUACAAGGUAUACCCAGCUUGAGGAAAUUUCAUACGGUUUAGAAGAUGAUCAACUGAUUAAUCUACAAAAGAAGAAAAUCUUAAAUGUUAUAAAACUUCAACAAGAAGUUACGAGAAGGUACACUGAGUUAAUGAGGUUUAUUUCUGAUGAAUGCAUCGAGAUUAUGGGAGCACCACCAUGCAAAUAUGCUGUAGUUGGAUUGGGUUCCUUGGCACGAUCGGAAAUCACUCUGUACUCAGAUUUUGAACACAUCAUUGUCCUUGAUAAUGAUGAUGCCAAGAUGAAAGAUCAGGAGAUGAUCAUGAAGUACUUCAGAUGGUUCACCACAAUCUUCAACAUCAUCUUAAUCAACCUCGGAGAAACCAUGAUCAACUGUGUUGCAAUUCCAAGUAUAAACCCCAGGUAUAGAGACUGGUUUACAGACAUUGUUACACCAAAUGGGGUAACGUUUGAUGGGAUGGCACCCCACGCUUGCAUACGCCCACUUGGACGACCAGCGACUAAAAACAAACCUUGGAACACUGAAUUUAUUAAACCAGUUGAUGAAAUGGUCCUAUACUUGGACAGUGAUGAACAAGUAAAGCAAGGAUACCAUGUGGCUGAAGUUUUAUCCAAGGCUUGCUUUGUAGCUGGUGAUGAAGCAAUUUGUGCUGAAUAUCAAGAAAAAGCUUAUCGACGUAUUAAAGAGCAUGAUAAAGAAAAUGGCUUUUCGAUUGUAUACAAACGAAUGGAGGAAAUUUUAAAAAUUUUUAACUUUAUUAAUCUGCUGUUUAAUACACAAUUGGGUUUGCAAAACUUUAACAUAAAGAGAGCAAUCUACAGAGGUGCAACGCUCUUUAUUUCAUACAUCGGUCGAUUACAUUCACUACAAGCAUCAUCUUGCUUUGAUGUCAUUGAUGAGUUAGAAAAAGGCAAAUGCAGUAAAGAGGCGGCGCAUCAAUUCCGGUUCAUGGUGGCAGUGACUUGUGAGGUUCGCGCAAAACUUUAUCAUUUAAAGGGACAACAAGAUGAUGUUUUUAUGGAGGAUUCUCGAUUUGAAGAUCUUACCCCGGGUUUGAUUAAAAUUGUUGGAAAACAAAGCUUGGUUUCUUUAUUGGAAACAAUAAUGAUUGUACAGGGAUUGAAAAUACCAGAUAAUGAUAAAUGGCAAUCAGAAAUGAUUAUUUUGGGGAAGGAUGUGAGGCAUACAGUGCUUGCUUUAUAUACACUUCACUUGCAUGAAGAUUUGGUUGAACUGAUGAAACAAAUAGUUUCCUCAUCCCAAGCUGACAGGUUUCUAUUUCCUGUUCAGGCUGUUGAAGUUGCAUUUAAAAGCAAGGAAUAUGAUCUGAUUAUUAAAAUAUGUUCAAACCUUAACCAAUCUAAGCUUACAGUCAAUCAGAAAUUUGAAUAUAAAGUUUAUGAGUUGGCCAGCAUUGUAAAUCGAUCAUACAACGAAGAGACAAAAUCUUAUGAAGGUUCAAGAUCAGUAGUUGAAACCAAGAUCCAGGAAUUGGAAGAAGUGAUGGAAACUGUUGAACCAGAAAGUAUAAAUACGAACUUGAUACUAAAAACAUACUUCGAUAGCUCGAAGGUAGCGGAAACUAAUGAACCAAGCAUUUCUUGGGUUUAUACUGUUAAAACAUACUCUGAUACCUUGAUGUUGCUCAAAGAUGGUAAGGUUCUCAAUAAUUCCAGCAUUCAUGCAGUUUGGGAACAGGUUUUAAACUUGAUGUGUCAUGAUACAAGCGAUACAGUUAAAAUUGAAACACUGUGCGUAUAUGCUGAAUUUUUGAUGAAAAAUGAUCAAUACACAGAAGCAUUUAAUAUACUGGAUCAGGCGAAACAAACAUUGCAACCAUACAAGAAUACAACAACAUAUAUGCACAUGCAUUUGUAUAAUAUAUACAUGGUUUGCUACUAUAAUACUGCAAAUAUUAUCGAGGCAUUGAUAUGUUGGUUGGAAUUUGCGAGAAUCUGUAAGAAUCUUAAGCGACCAAUACCUGAUGAUAAUAAACAAGCGAUAAAAUAUACUUUUCACCAAUUCAUAUUCGAUUAAUCCAUGAAGUUGUGUAAAUCUGCUGCAACACUGGUA